CUUGCUGGAAUCGGGAAGAAGUUUGUACUGGACUGCUGGCGACUUGCUGGAAUCGGGAAAAGUUUGUACCGGACUGCUGUUAACUUGCUGGAAUCGGGAAGACUGCUGGUGAUUUGCAACUUUGUUUGAAGCGGAUCCGAGCAAAUCUGCCUCAGAAAGAAGGGAACUGAAGGUGGCCAGAGGGCUUCCGGUGUGUUGGACCUCCAGGAGAUUUGUAUUAAACUGUCCCAAGGCAUCUUCAAUGACUUUGAUCAAAGAUAGUGGGAUUUGCAGCCAAGUGAGGUUUGCAGUGAGCUGCUCCUAUUGAGAUUUUUUGGAAAGAUUGAUAGGAAAUAGUAUCUGUCUGGAUUACUUUCAGGAAGGUUUUAGAAAGUGAAAGGAUCGGGAGGGAACGUAUAAAGGGGACCUCCGGAGAAAGGAGCGCAGAGGACUGCCAAGGCAGAAAUCCGGCAGGAUGUGGUUUAUCUAUGUGCUCAGUUGGCUGUCCCUGUUCAUUCAGGUGGCCUUUGUCACGCUGGCGAUAGCUGCCGGCCUGUACUAUCUAGCGGAGUUAAUAGAGGAGUAUACUGUUGCCACCAGCAGGAUUAUAAAGUACAUGAUUUGGUUCUCUACAGGUGCGUUGAUCGGUCUGUAUUUCUUUGAGAAGUUCCCCGGGAUCAUGAUCGGUGUGGGACUGUUCACCAAUGUGGUGUAUUUCGGGUUAUUGCAGACGUUCCCUUUUAUCAUGCUGACGUCUCCCAACUUCAUACUCUCAUGCGUGCUGGUGGUGCUGAACCAUUACUUGGCUUUCCAGCAUUUUGCGGAAGAAUACUACCCUUUCUCAGAGGUUCUGGCUUACUUCACCUUCUGCUUAUGGCUCGUCCCAUUUUCCUUCUUCGUGUCGCUAUCUGCAGGGGAAAAUGUACUUCCAUCUACAGUCCAGCUUGGAGAUGAUGUCGUGUCAAACUAUUUCACGAAGGGUAAAAGAGGGAAGCGCUCGGGAAUUCUGGUCAUCUUCUCCUUCAUCAAGGAAGCCAUCCUCCCCAGCAGGCAGAAAAUCUACUAAGGCUUUCUUGGUUGUCGGGACAAUGUGGAGAAAACCUGUGUAAGGCAGCCAUGCUGAAUCACAUGACAGAGCGAGCGGGAAUACACGGAAAGUGGCCUCUACUGGACGCCUGGCCUGGGCCUUCUAAUUUAUCAGGGAGGAGAAGCUGCAGCAAUACAACAUCCUUUCAUAUCCUUGGACAGAAGAAAAGAUCGGCAUCACUAAACUUCUCUGCAGGGGGCCGGGGUGCAGCUGAGGAGUCUCCUCAUUGGAUGCCUAUCGGCCAUCGCCCCGGACACGAGGGACACUUCAUAGAACUUGUGCUGAACUUAUCGGAGGUUCUAAUAGAAAUAAUAUAAGGAAAUCUAUGAAACCGAGGGUAGAUUCUAUGCGCCAGAUAUUUUUUAACGGUUUAGUGCCAAUAGAUUUUUUUUUUUUCUUCCUCUUUUUGGUUUCUUACUGAGCUCUGCAGAAACUAGGAACAUGUAAAUUGUGUUUUCAGCAUGGUAGAUACUGGACCCUGCCAGUCUUUGUGAAUUCACUGCACUAGUUUAGUGCGCCUGUGAAAUAAACUCAUUAUUUCUUAA